UGUCAACCAACCUCUCCUCUCCUCUCCUCGUAUCAGUCGUAUCGUAACAAAAUAAAGUAGAGAAUUAGCCAGCAUUUUUAUUUGGCUCGGAUUGUUUUUCUUAUUGAUAAAAGUAUUUUUUUAAUCUACAUUUCAGUGUAAAAUCAUAACGUUGUUUAAACUGUUAUAAUGGCUGGGCAGGGGCACCAGUUCCCCGGUAACUUCCAAGGAAAUGCCGGCGCGAUGCGGUCCGGUUUUGGCGGCGCUCCGAUGGGGGGACAAAUGCAACCUAUGCCUAACCAGUUAGCAGGGGUGAUGGGUGGUGGUAUGGCCAAUCCUGGCGGCAUGGUGGGUAUGGGCAACCAGAUGGUGCCUCCGUAUGGAGCAGCUAUGCAAAACCAGAUGGGAGCUAUGGGCAUGGGCCCCCAGGGCAUGGGAGUGGGUGUUGGAGGUAACCCAAACCCAGGAUUAGCUCAAGCUGUGCAGCAGCAACAACAAGCGAGUAUGCAGCAGGCAGUGGCGGCGCCUGCAUCUGCUGCACCAGCAACUGCCUCGGCGCCCGCGCAGCCUCAGCAGAACAAGGAUUUCAACACAGCUUCACUUUGCAAAUUUGGCCAAGAAACAGUACAAGACAUUGUCAGCAGGACGCAGGACGUUUUCCAAACACUGAAAGCAAUUCAACCUCCAAACGGUACUCAAAUCGGCGAGAACGCGAGCAACGAUAAAAAGACGAAGAUGCAGGAGCAGUUGCGAACGAUACGGCUUUUGUUCAAACGUCUGCGCCUGGUUUAUGACAAAUGCAACGAGACGUGUCAGGGAAUGGAGUACACACACAUGGAGAGCCUGAUCCCGCUGAAGGACGAAGCCGACAAUAAGACCCUGGACGAGCGGCGGAACACGGAGUCUUACCGGCGAGACUUGGAGGAAAACCGGGAGCUUACGGAACAGGUGGUCCUCAAGAACAAACAGCUCAAAGAAGUCAUCACGAAUCUAAGGACUAUCAUAUGGGAAAUCAACGUUAUGCUUACUAUGAGACGGUCUUAAACUAUUUAUAAAUGUGUUAAAAUCAACACGUAGGUACAUUGAAAGGUUAAUAAGGUAUUGGAAGUACAGUCAC